CUGUCAAUACAAAAAUAACACGUGUAUUAAUAUAUACUAAUUCAUUCAUAUUUUACAAAUAGUUUUUUUUAAACAUCAAUCUUGAGUUUUACUACACGAAUAUGCUGUUGACAGUCUCAACGUGAAUCUGUCCAACUGGGAAGUCAAGUGACAUCGGUAAAUUCUGGUUUCCACAGCCACAAAGUAAAAAUUGUCUAUAGGCCUAUCAUAAAAAUGUAUGAAAACAAACAUUUAGGUUAGGCAUAAGAUUAGCAGUGUGGUUAAAGUUAGGUUUAACAUCUGAUUUUAAGAAGAUAAAUUGUAGAAAUUGGCGGAGGUGGUUUAUGACUUUAAGGCUGUGGUAACUAGUGACGACCGCAAAUUAUCAAACAGCAAGCAAGUGGGAAAGGUUGCUUGGUCGACACGAAGCUAAAUAUGAACGAGACAAUAGAUCUGUAAAAAAAAAAAGCCGUGCUGUCUUACCAACCUCUUCAACUUCAAACAGGGAAGACAAUAUGAGUGACGCAGCUGCAACCCGAAGGCUAGAGGCACUGUCCUCCUAAAUUAACUGUUGACUGAAAUCAGUUGGACCACAUUGUUUGCCAUGGGCACCACACUGAGUGAGCCUUGCAUCUACGACAAGCUGUCUGAGAGCAUCGAUAUUCUCCGCCAGUCGGGGUAUCGCUAUGGCAUGUCAGAGAGGGAGAUCGAGAAGUUUAUCAAACAAGUCCUGGAGACCAACGAGCCUCGAAGAGACCCACCACAAUUCCCCAUCCUUCGAGCCACCAUCAAGUUUGUGGUAGCAGUAGGCUUUCUGGUGGUGGUGGUGCUGGCCUUCACCUACCCCCAGACUCGGCCCCAGCUAGGUGUGACGUACACGGGGGGACAUAACUGGUCCUCUCCCCUCAGCCACAUCAGACUGCUGGCUCUGCCCAUUGCCAAGAAAUACAACCUGCAAGGUUUCCAUGAGUGGUGGAGUGCAGGGGCUCUGCGACAGGGCCUGGUCAACUGUUCUGGCUGUGCUGAGGUGUCCUCUGUGCUGGAGGUCCCUGAGACCCUCAGAGAGUCUGCAGCCAUGCGCAGAGGUCCACAGCCUGUGCUGCUCAAGGGUGGGGAGUCUCUGUGUCUGCAGAGGCAGCAGUUAGAGGAGCUCUACUCAGCCCACUCCAGCUCCAUGAGUAUACUACUGGAGGAAGACAACCUACUGUCACAUGAUGAGGGUUUUCCACAGGGCCCUGCAAACUUUACCCUGCUCUGGAGGUUUACAUCUGGUGCCAGAGAGAAGGUGUUGAGGUGGCUUUUCCCCAAAGCUGAGCUAUGUCCUCUACUGGACAGCGCUGGAACAACACUGCAGCGUUGCCUGGUCACGCAUAGUGCCAACUCUCAGAGCAGAGGGGUGCGAGUGCUGGGCUGGCUGGUGGUAGGAGAAGGGCUACCCACGGUUCGAGUGGUCCCUGUCCACCGCUGUCAAAAACACUGUAGCUCCUUCAACCUCUGGCUGGGACCGGGAGAUAUGGUGUAUGCUGACCCGCGCUACUGGCAGAUGGAGCUGUUCCCCAGCCGAGACCAGAACAUUGUUUGUGACGGUUCCACUUUCUGAGGGAGGAGAGGAAAAGCUGAACGAGACAGAAUGGGAGGAAGAGAGUAAAGGGAUGGAGGGUUUGGACUUGCCAUCCAGAACUCUUAAACCCUCACUCCAGUCCAGACUUCUUACCGGCUGAGAAUAUAUCACUUCCUGUGAUUGGACCUUUUAACUGUCCCUUGUAGGCUAGUCCCACCCUCCUCUCUAGGUCUGGAAAAUAAUACUUUCCACAGGCACAGAAGAGACUGAAGAGGUUCCCCUAAUACUACACGCAUCCCUAGCCCCUACCGUUCUCUUGCCUAAUACCAAACCAAUCCCUAAACCUCACCCCUCUCUGGCCUAAUACCAAACUCAUCUCUAGCCCCUACCUGUGCCUCUUCAUUGAUAUCCCUUCACAGAUCUGUGGCAACUGGAUGGUUAUAAGCAGGGAGGGACCACACUCAAGCUGGGAGAGGUGUGUUGGUGAGGAAGAGGCUGGAACAUUCUCCCAUUCAGCCCAAAGAAGAAAUGGAGAGAGUGACUGAUCUAAUUUUUGGAACAUCAGAGGCCUUUGCUCCUAUGCUGUGUUCAGUUGGAAUGUUCAAGAUUAUUUUGGUUAUGUAUUUUAGUUGCGAUCAAAUCACAUCCACAAUGGGACAGUUUUGGAGUGCUGCCCUCCCUCAUCUACUCACUUAUAAACUGGCCUGUGUUCAUCUAAAUUCAACAUGUCGCUGCUAGUGUAACAAUGACAGGUGGUUAGGAGGAUGUGUAAAAUUGAUUUAUACAUUUAAGGGGAAUUGCUUUUGAUAACUGAAAGUGCAGAAAUUGUAUUUAAUAUAUAGUUGAUGGUAAGUGCUUGUGCCAUAAUUUUAAAUGCUGUUUGUUAAUGUUCUUUUCACUGAUUGUUUUUGUUUUUUGUCAAUGCUUUUUUUUUUUUUUUUUCUGUCCCCAUGUAAGCACUAACUAUCCGGAACUUGUUGUCAGUGUUUGAUGUUGUCACACUGUUGCCAUUCUGAGAUUUGAUCCUGUUCUAUUGCUGAACAUAAUAUUUAUACAGUUUUAAUCUCUCAGAAUUCACAAUUUUACACAACGUCAAGUUAUGGACAUAUUGUCAAGUUAUACAUUGUCACAUUGUUAUUGAUGCAUUCAGAAAACCAAUGUGAUUAUGUACUGGUUACUGACAAAAUAAAGGAAACUCUUGAGUAAAUGAGGGAUACAAAGUAUAUUGAAAGCAGGUGUGGUUCCUGAGUUAAUUAACAUCCCAUCAUGCUUAGCGUCAUGUAUAAAAAUGCCCAGUUGCCCAUUUUAUUUAUCUACCAUGGCUAGAAGAGAUGUCAGUGACUUUGAAAGAAAGGUCUCAAAGGAGUAUAGGGGGUUUAAGUGGUGUGUCACCAGAUCUCAACUCAAUUGAACACAUGGGAGAUUCUGGAGCAGCACCUGAGACUGUGUUUUCCUCCAACAAAACACCAAAUUAUGGAAUUUCUCGUGGCAGAAUGGUGCCUCCAAUAGAGGUCCAGACACUUGUUGAAUUUAUGCCAAGGCUCAUUGAAGCUGUUCUGGUGGCUCAACACCAUAUUAAGACACUAUGUUGGUGUUUCCUUUAUUUGAGUAGGUACCUGUGUAUUUACAAGGGAACUUUGUUAUCAGAGCUGCUUUUAUCAUUAUUUUGUCAUGUUCAGGUGAUGUCCAUGUAUUGAAGCCUAAACUAUUAACAGUGGUUAUUACGGUUAGACUCUUCAUGACUGGGGAUGUAUUGGCAUGUACUACUGCCAUAUUGUAUAUACAUACUGUGAAUGGAACUGUUCUUUGGUAGUACACAUCCAAUUCCCUUUGUAUGAACUCUGAGGAUAGUGCCAAAAAUGUCCUUAUUUGAGUCAGUUCUCUGGGUGGAUAACCCAGUUGGGUGGUGUUUGAUCUCUUUACUCGGAAGCCCAGUUGGGUGGGUGAGAUCUUUAUCAUUGUCUUUGCUGCUCAAAGUAUAUUUGUGGUUCAAGGCCCUCAGCUUUCACCAACCACUAUCAUCUCCUUCCUGAUCCUGAAACAUUUGCCUUGAGUUCAAGCUUGCCUUUUUCUUAUCACGCCUUACAGUAUGUUCAAUUAGUUAUUUAUUUUUUCUGUUAGCAAGGUUAAGACUAAUGUUGUCCUUCAAGCAGGCUGCAGUGGAUUCUUUGUGAUGAAAACAGGGUAAUGUAUGUCACUGGCUUUAAAGCUGCAAUAUUUAACUUUCUGGGCCACCUGACCAAAUUUACAUUGACAGAUCUAUAACUCACAUUUCUUUCUCAUUGAAAGCAAGUCUAAGAAUUGGUAGUAGAGCUGUUAUGUGCACUAUUUCUAUUCUUCCCAUUCUUACAUUUUUUUUUUGUGCCUUUUACUUUCAGUUUGUACACCAGCUGAAAAUACAAUUAUUUUUGGUUAUGGAAGAUAUAUUUCACAGCAGUUUAGAUGUUACAGUGAUUCUCUACAGUACACUAUACUUGCUUGUUUUGUCACAAACUAUUAUAAUUUUAGCAAUCAGGAAAUAGUGAUUUCUGCAUAGUGCACCUUUACAUGUGAUUGCUUUGGUGAAAGCAGACAAUUCAACUUGUUUAAAUUGGCUUUGAAUAAUAGCUUUGUAUGAUCAAAUUGCAAUGUGAGUCAAGAAUUAGACACUUGCUUUGGUUGUUUGUGUGUGUCUAAUAGGUGUCAUGGAAAUCCACACUGAUUUGACCAUUGUAUUUUCAGAUAUCCCUUGAAAAAAUGAGAACUUAAAUGUGCAAUAAUUUCUGUGUUGGAUCUUAAUCAGAGAGCAUUAUAUCAAAUAGUUUGAUUUCAUGCACUCUUGUCAGAUGCUAAAUGUUUAUAUAAUGUUUAUAAAGGUUUUCUGCUCUA